AUGGAAAACUCCAAGCAAUUAAAUCGCUCAGAGGACGACACCGAGUUACAAUACAAUCAGGACAGCAGUCAAGAAUGCAUCAUUACUACGGAACUAGUCGAAAGCGAGGAAGAAACGGACAACCGUACGAACGACGUGGACAUCAUGGCGAAUACACAACAGACGUUCGAACUGCCCAAGAUAUCGAAGAGGAGCAACAACAAACCAAAAGGAAAAGGUAUGGGCAAGAAGAGUGCGAAUCAUCAGAGGAAAAUUGUGGAGACGCUGGGUUUCAUGAUAUGGUUGAAAGAUUUUUGGGACAACGAGCACACCAUAAAACUGAUGGGCCAAUUUCUGACGAAGCUUCGCGACUAUUGUUAUCGCAACAACGAACACAAGAUGUUGAAAAUAGUACGACCCAUGAAGGAGGUAUUCAAGGCGAUCAUAAUCGAUAUGGAGAAGCAAAAGCAAUCCUUAAAAAGCAUUUCUUGGGAUCUUUUCGAACAAUGGGCCUUAAAUGCAGGAUUAUACACGAUGUAUACGAAUUGCCAUCAGAUGGUUUGGGAAACAGAUUUCGAAGAGACGUUAUUCAGAAUAUUCGGGGAAAUCUACAGCCAGGAUGCCCAAGAAGGGUCGGAAAUCAGCGAGGACGAGGAAUGCUCAUUAUUGCCGAGCAUCAAGACCACAUCCACGUUAUCCACGACUGUACGUACGGAGGAGGAUCCUGCCGAUGUAGAUAUAUGCGAUAUCUCAGUGAAUACACGACCGAGGACCAAGAAAACAGUGAAAUUCAGCUCACCCCCUGGUCACAGAUCGAGCGAAGUGUUGACCUCGAAGUUGAAAAUGAGCUCGAAAAAAUUCAAUACGGACUCGGAGAAGCGGCCUGCCAAACGUCGCAUCUCAUCAGACACGGAAGAGGAGGAGCUUGUACUAACGGUCAAGAAACCAAUGAAGAGCAACAAUCCACCACCCGUAGAAGAGAACAACACGGACAGCGAUGCCUCAGACAACUUAGAAGGUUUGCUCGACGGAGUUGUCCAACAGCAAUCAUUACGCUUGACCACUGGUGCAAUCUCACAGAAUAUCUCGGUAAAGCACCUCGAUCAAUUAGUUAUUUUGAAGUCGCGGGGAGAACGUGGGUUGAAGGUGGUGAAAUUAGAAAUAUACAGCGAUUGUUUGAGGAAACCAAAAACGGAAUGGUGGAAGAGUGCGGAAUUCCGCGGAACCUUCCUGUCCUAUGGAGCCGAAUCGCGUGUACAGAAGUUGACCAAUCAACUGAAAACGGAGGCCUACAAACAAGUAGCCAAAACAAAGGACGUGGAAAUGGAGACUUUACACUGGAUUACUCUAAAAAGAAAAAAAGCAAAUUAG